GUCGCCGUCGCCGUUUGCGCCAUUCUCCCCGCCGUCGCCGUCGCCGUUUGCUUUGCGGCCUUUUCCCAGUUCGCACCGAUUUUCCCCCGAUGCGGAACGACGACACACGCCCAAUUCGAAUUUGAGCUUAACCUUCCCUCCCCGUUCCUCUUUUUCUUUCGAAAUAGUACAGAACGCGUGAAAAUCCUCUGCAUCGUUUCCGCCAUCGUCCAUUCCGACCUCCACACAAAGCAUUCCCACGACUUCAAAACUGCCAAUAUCAACCAUGUCCAAAGACGCCGCAAAGCCACAAAAGAAGAACCUCGCGAUUCACCUCGUUGCUGGAGGUAUCGCGGGAUGCUGCGAAGCAUUAUCAUGCCAUCCAUUGGACACUAUCAAAGUUCGUCUUCAGCUGCGUGGAGAGCGAGGAGCAAGGAAGCCCUUGACCACGGCGGCUGGAGAUGCCAUGAAGGCCGCUGCUGCACAGCCGAAGAGCCAGAAUUUCAUCAGUGUUGGUGUCCAAAUCGCGCGGAAAGAAGGUGUUUUGUCGCUCUACAAGGGUCUUGGCGCCGUUGUGACCGGAAUCGUUCCAAAAAUGGCCAUUCGAUUCUCGUCGUUUGAGUACUUCAAGGCCAAGAUGGCUGACAAGACUACCGGAAAAGUUAGCGCUGGCGGGAACUUCAUGGCUGGUCUGGCUGCGGGAACAACGGAAGCUGUGUUGGUGGUGACACCCAUGGACGUGAUCAAGAUUCGCUUGCAAGCUCAGCGUCACUCCAUGACCGAUCCUCUGGACAUUCCAAAGUACAGGAACGCUGCCCACUGCGCGUAUGUGAUGAUUCAAGAGGAGGGUAUUGCAUCAUUGUACAAGGGUGUCGGAUUGACCGCCCUGCGACAAGCCACCAACCAAGCCGCCAACUUCACCGUCUACCAAUACCUCCGCAAGGUUCUGCACGAAAAGCAACCGCAAUACGGCGACACCCUCCCUGCCUACCAACAUCUGAUCAUGGGUUUCGUUUCCGGAGCAUGCGGACCGUUGUUCAACGCUCCCAUAGAUACCAUCAAGACUAGGAUUCAGAAGAACCCUUCGAAGGAGAAGGGCUGGACCCGCUUCAUGUCUGUUACGACGGGGAUCAUUAAGAACGAGGGUUACACUGCGUUCUACAAGGGAUUAACACCUCGUGUCUUGCGUGUCGCCCCCGGACAAGCGAUCACAUUCAUGGUAAGUGGAAUUUUUCCUAUGCUUUCAUUUGUGUGCCUCCUGUUCGGCUGGCAGUGAAUUGGAACUCAUCCAUCGCCCUCCUCAGGUCUACGAACGCGUGUACAAGUGGUUGGUCGUGUUCGGUGAAUCUUUCAAAGUUGAGGACUACAAGACCCUUGAGAGCGACGAAA